AUGGUUAUUACCCAGACUCCCUCAAAUGGCAGUUCGCAGACAGCGCUUGAGCAAGUUGAGCCCGUAAAGGACGAACCACCUAUAGGUGCCCAACUCCCACGCCACAUUCAAGAUACAACAAAUGAGAAAGCCCUAAACCAAGUUGUCGGAGCCGGCACCCCGACUUCACCACGUGACGAACUCUGCAAGAACGCUCACAUCUACGACGUUGUCCACCUCUCAACUGAGCUUAAGGUAGACGUUGAUCAUGGCCUUACCAACAGCGAGGCGGCAACUCGCCUCGAGAAGGAUGGACCAAACAAGAUCAAGGAUAGCGAGCGGAUUUCCGUGUUCCAGAUUCUCUUAAGACAGGUCUCCAAUUCCCUGACCCUCGUUCUCUUGAUCACUAUGAUCCUAUCCUUCAGUCUGGACGACUACAUUGAAGGCUCUGUCAUCCUUGCAGUCAUUCUGCUCAACAUCAUCGUUGGCUUUAUACAGGACUGGCGCGCUGAACAGACUAUCUUGUCUCUCCAGGCUCUCUCCUCUCCGGAAUGCAAAGUCCUCCGUGGCGGCCAGAUUCAGGUUGUCAAGGCCGAAACCCUCGUCGUUGGCGAUGUGGUUGUUCUGGCUGCAGGCGGCAUUGUCCCGGCCGAUCUUCGCCUCUUUGACUCGGUCAACCUAUCGACAGACGAGGCGCUGCUUACCGGCGAAUCCCUACCAAUUUCCAAGUACGCCGACAAGGUCCUGACCCGUACCGAUAUGCCUAUCGGUGAUCGUACCAAUAUGGUCUACUCAGCUUCUAUGGUUACUCGCGGUCGUGGCUCUGGUAUCGUCAUUGCCACAGCUAUGUUGACUGAAGUUGGCAAGAUUGCUGCCCUCCUGCAGGACAAGAAAGCAUCUGCCACCAAGCAAAACCCCGUGGUGCGUGCGUACAAGCGCACCAUUGAAGUUAUGCGGCACGCACUCGGCUUGGUCGGUAGUCCGCUACAGGUCAAACUCAGCAAGUUUGCUCUUCUCCUCUUCGGUCUCGCAAUCCUCUUGGCCAUCAUUGUCUUCUCAACUGCCAAGUGGGACGUCUCUGACGAGGUCCUCAUCUACGGUAUCUGUGUCGCCGUCGCCGUCAUUCCGGAGUCUCUCAUCGCCGUCCUGACACUGACGAUUGCUGUUGGUACCAAGGCUAUGGCACGAAGCAACAUCAUUAUUCGCAAGCUCUCGUCCCUCGAAGCUGUUGGUGGUGUGUCAAACAUCUGCUCUGACAAGACUGGAACACUCACCCAAGGCAAGAUGAUUGUCAGACGUGCUUUGAUCCAUGGCGCAGAGACUUUGUCUGUCCAGAACUCAACAAACCCAUUUGACCCUACGAGUGGCACCGUUGAGCGUGAGGAUGGCGAAAUGAUUUCGGGCGUCGCGUCUGGAACCCCUCUUGACCGCUACCUGGACGUCGUCUCCCUCUGCAACCUUUCCACUGUCCAGAAUCUGUCUCGCACCAUGACUGGAUCCUCAAAGCCGGCCGGCACCAUGGGUCAGGGCGGAUGGUCUGCUGUGGGUGAGCCAACUGAGAUUGCUCUCCAAGUCUUUGCCAUGCGUUUCGAUCACGGAAAAGCUCAAGCUAUGGGCAAGAAGAACCGCACUAUGGUCGCCGAAUUUCCAUUCGACUCCAGCAUCAAGCGCAUGACUAUGGCAUAUACUCGUCCUGCCGACAAUGUUGUCGAUCUCUUCACGAAGGGUGCCACUGAAGCGGUCCUGCCAAUCUCGACCUGUACUGAGGCAGAGAAAGCUCGUAUCAAUGCAGAUGCCGAAGCCAUGGCUAGCCAGGGCCUCCGCGUUCUGUGUCUUGCUCAUCGCACAACUGAUGCGAACGACGAGAAAGCCUUCGCUGACCGCGCUGUUGCUGAGAAGGAUCUCACAUUCAUUGGUCUCAUUGGUCUCUACGACCCGCCUCGUGCCGAGACAGCCGGUGCAGUACAGACCUGUCAACGUGCUGGCAUCACCGUCCACAUGCUCACUGGCGACCACAUUCGCACAGCUGCUGCCAUCGCCGAGGAGGUCGGAAUCGUUGGUCAUUACUCCGGCCAGGAAGUUGGUGAAGUCAUGGCCGCGUCCGACUUCGACAAGCUCUCCGACGAGCAGAUCGAUCAGCUCGAGAAGCUACCGCUUGUGGUUGCUCGCUGCUCGCCUACGACCAAGGUGCGCAUGGUCCAGGCGCUGCAUCGUCGCAAUGCUUUCUGUAUCAUGACUGGCGACGGCAUCAAUGAUUCACCUGCUCUGAAGUUAGCGGAUAUUGGUAUUGCCAUGGGUCUCAAUGGCAGCGAUGUUGCUAAGCAGGCGGCUGAUAUGGUCCUUGCUGACGACAACUUUGCUUCGAUUGUUCGGGCUAUUCAGGAAGGAAGGAGGCUUUUCGACAACAUCCAGAAGUUCUUGCUCCAUCUUCUGACCUCCAACAUCGCCCAAGUCGUCCUCCUGAUCAUCGCCCUCGCCUUUCAGGAUAGCGAAGGCAACUCCGUCUUCCCACUGUCGCCACUGGAAAUCCUCUGGGCCAACCUUGUCACCUCUUCGCCACUUGCACUUGGUCUGGGUCUCGAGCCUGCGGUCGUGGACAUCAUGGAUCGACCACCUCGCGACAUGAAAGUCGGCGUCUUCACCAAGUCCCUCAUCAUCGAUAAGAUGGUCUACGGCGUCACCAUGGGCUCUUUGUGCUUGGUCGCCUUCGUCUCCACCAUUUACGGCAUUGGCUCCGGCAGCAGUAGUCUCGGUAACGACUGCAAUCAGGACUACAACUCUUCCUGCGAUCGUGUGUUCCAGGCUCGUGCAACUGUCUUCGCCGUGCUCAGCUUCACCCUGCUCAUCACUGCCUGGGAGGUCAAGGACUUCAACAAGUCGCUCUUCAACAUGGGUCUUGUCGGUGUUGAGCGUGAUCCUGACUCUCACCGGGAUAAGUGGUUCUCCGUCUUCCCGGCUGUCUAUCAGAACAAGUUCUUGUUCUGGGCUGUGGUUUCCGGAUUCCUGACAGCGUUCCCGUUGAUCUACAUUCCUAAGCUCAACACUGUCGUCUUCAAGCACGAUGGUAUCACUUACGAGUGGGGUAUCGUCGUUGGGUGUGUGCUGUGCUAUGUUGCUGUCAUUGAGAGCUGGAAGGCUAUCAAGCGGGCUCGCGCUCGCAAGGGCAAGAGCUUUGAUGGCAUCGUCCCAAGUGGAAAGAGCACGCCGGAUGGCGGGUCAGUGGUUUAG